AUGGCCGACGGCGAUGCAGAUGGUGAUGUUGACGGGACCCGCGAUGCGACGCCGCAAGAACAGGAUGAUGGGGAUGAGGAAGCUGAAGCUGCGACGCCUGCUGCGGAUGAAGAUGAGGACGAGGACGAUGAGGCGCCGAGGAUCACGAGUAUGCCGCGGCGGAGAGGGAGAGGCGGGAGGCCGAGGACGAGACCGGGGUAUUCGAGGACACCUGAGCCUGGGAUGGAGGAUGGGAGUGAGUCUGGGACGCCGAUGAAGAGGAGACGGGGAAGGCCGCCGGGUAGUGGUGUUGGGAGGGGAAGAGGUGGGUUCAGAGGGAGGAGGAAGGGACAGGUUUCUGAGGGGCCAAAGCAGGUUAUGGAUAAGGAGGGAAAUACGUAUGAUGUGGUGGAUGAUGAGGCAGUGGUUGAUGAUGAUCCUGAGGGCAGUGAGAAGGUCGACGAGCUUGGACAGCUGCAAGGAAGCAGAGAGUACCGCGUGCGGACCUUCACCAUCAUGGGCAAGGGUGAGAGGCUCUACAUGCUGUCCACCGAGCCGGCGAGAUGUUGCGGCUUCAGGGACAGCUACCUGUUCUUCACGAAGCACCCGAAACUCUACAAAGUCCUGGUGGGCGAGGAAGAGAAGAAAGACCUGAUCGAUCGCGAUAUCCUACCAAACAGCUACAAGGGCAGAAACAUAGGAGUUGUCACCGCACGCUCAGUGUUCCGCGAGUUCGGCGCACGGAUCAUUGUGGGUGGCCGCAAAGUCAUCGACGACUACAAAGUCGCAGAGGCGCGUGCGAACGGUGAGCCCGAGGGCGAGCUGGCGGAUCCGGACGAUCAUGUGCCGGACAAUCGAGCAGAGUAUAAUCGGAAUCGAUACGUUGCGUGGUUUGGCGCGAGUGAGGUGUAUCGCUCGCAGGGGACGGUGACGGUGCCGGGUGGGAAGCAGGGUGCUGUCAGGAAGCAUAGGAAUAAUAUUACUUUGCAGAACUGGCAGUUCAUGCAUGCCCGGGAGGCGAGCCGCUUCAACUCGACUCUGACUACUGCACGACACGCGAACCAGAACGGCGUCUACGAUCCCAACACGAACAUGAUGUUCUACCCUAAGAUCAUGCAACCUACACAUGCGAAGUGGGAGUACAUCCCACCAGGAUCUGAUGGUGCUGAGAAGAAGCCAACGACCAACAGCCUGCCAAACGGCCACCAACCGAACGGCACAUCAGACGACACGCACAAGACAAUGGACGUCGACACCUCCCAAGACCCCACAAUCUUCACCAAAGUCCCCCCAGUCAUCUCCCGCAACUUCACCAUCAUAGACACCGUCUACACCGCACCCAUCUCCAACGCCGGCUACCCAGGCCCCGAUGGGCACGUCGAAGACCCCACCUCCGGCCCCAACGGCCUCAGCACCGUAUCCCAAGAACUCAUCGACGAGCUCCCCGCCGACUGUCGAGCGGCGUUUGAGGAAGCCCGCGCGACCGAGCUCCGCUGGAAGGGACGGUGGGGCACGGAGGUCAGCAGUGGACAGCGCGGGUGUUUGAAGAUUGGUUUUAAUGGGUAUCCUGUUUGA